AUGGCACGUGGUGCGGUUGUGACGGCCGAUGCAGAACGAGAGCAGCUCGUCGCAACGGGACCAGCGAGGUGGACCAAGGCUACCAGCUGUCCAUCAGACGGACUAAAGGUCGCACCACAGCGGCCAGUAGUCACCGUUUGCCCGAUGAUUCCAGUUGUGUCCGCCUGGCUGGAAAAAUGCCGCCAUUCGCUCUCGUACUACUACCGAAAUUCCAUUCCGUUCUUCUAA